CUCUCUCAACAACUUCAAUGGUAAUAAUAAUGGAUUUUUUUUUUCUCCAUCUGCUUCUACUUCUACUACUACUCAUCUUUUUGUUGCUUCCUCUGGGCGUGCGCCAGCGAGGGUGUCCGCUUCUUCUUCAGCAUAAUUAUGAAGAAGUUCUUCUUCCACGAAGCUUCCUCCUCUCUCUCAUCUCGUCUUCUAUAGUUUUAUCCAAAAAAAAAAGUAGUAUUUAAAAUCCUCUCCAACCGUCGUACCUCUCUCUUCCUUUCUCUCCUCCAAAACUCAAAACAUUGACCCAGCCUCAAUCUCCUUUCGGAUAUGUUGAAGCUUUUGGAGAGAGAUAAAGGAAGAUUCAGUUGACCCGGACUCAGUCUCCUUUCGGAAAUGUUGAAGCUUUUGGAGAGAGAUGAAGGCAGAUUCGGGAGACUUGGUUUGGAGGAGUUGUUGAUGAUGGUUUCUAAAAAAUCAAUUAAGAGACAAUGUUUAACCCGACCCGAAUGUACCGGAUCGGGUCGAUUCCUAACUGGCUGGCCGUCGGGUCGUUUCCACAAUAGCCUUGGGCGGGCCGGGUUGCAGGCUCGCAUGUAGCUACCAAACUCUACUGUGUCUUUAUAUACCAAUUGAAAGCGCACGAGUAGUACUCCUAAGAGUGUGAGAAAAUGGAACUCACAACGAUGGAGGCAAUGAUACAAGGCGAAGCAAAGCUUUGGGGAAACAUAUUUGCCUUUAUGGACUCCAUGGCACUGAGAUGUGCCUUGGAGCUCGGCAUUGUUGACAUCAUACACUCCCAUGGUGGCCCAAUCACUCUAUCCCAAAUAGCUGCUGGUAUAGACUCUCCCUCUCUAAACAUCGACAUCCUCGAACGCGUCAUGAGAUUGCUAGUGCGCAAAGAUAUCUUCACCACUCAUCAUCAGCCAUCAGACUCUGGGGAGAUCACUCUCUAUGGGUUGACAGCUCACGCAUCAAGAUGGCUCAUGCAAGGCUCUGAAUUUAGCCUGGUUCCAUUCAUAUUGAUGCAAAGCCAUCCAGGGCUAAUGACUCAAUGGCUUUGCCUUAGCCAAUGUGUCAAGGAAGGUGGCACUGCUUUCAGCAAGGUCCAUGGUUGUGAGGUCAUAGACUUUGCUCACAAAAACCCUGAAUUCAAUAAAAUGUUCAACGAUGCAAUGGCUUGCACGGCCAAGCUCGUGGCAGAGCCCAUCUUAUGGGGAUACAGAGAUGGGUUCGGUUCCAUUAAUGGCUCCUUGGUGGAUGUGGGAGGUGGGACUGGCGAGAUGGUGGCUAAGAUUGUGAAAGCACAUCCACACAUCAAAGCAAUCAACUUCGAUCUGCCUCAUGUUAUCACAACGGCACCAAUGCACCAAGGGGUCUCCCAUGUUGAGGGUAACAUGUUUGAGGCCAUUCCUAAUGCUGAUGCAAUUCUAUUAAAGAGAGUACUGCACUGUUAUAGCGAUGAAGAUUGCAUCAAGAUCUUAAAAAACUGUGUAAAGGCAAUACCAAAGAAGACUGGGAAGAUUAUUAUUGUGGAACAUGUUCUGGAGCCCAACGGAAAUGGACCAUUUGAUGAGACAGGCUUAGUAUUCGAUUUGAUAAUGAUGACUGUAACCCCGAGUGGAAAGGAGAGGACACAGCUGGAUUGGAAGAUAUUGCUCGAAGAGGGAGGCUUUCCCCACCACAAGAUCAUCAAGAUUCCUGCUUUUCCAUCCAUUAUAUAGGCCCACCCAGCAUGAAAUUAAUAGAGAAUUAGUAAAUUCUCUUAAUUUAUAUGAUAAGGCUAUUGCAGCUAGCAAUGAAUAAAAACAAAAGAAAUAAAGAGUUUGGUUUUUAAGAUUUCA